CGCAAACUCACAAGCGUCCCUGCUGGUGCAGUGGAGUGGGAUGUGCCCUACCCAUUUCCCGAAGGUGAGGGCCCUAAGGCAUAUCACGCUACAUGGGAGCGGGAGCGUGCGAGGCAUCUAAUCACGCAGCUUGUGGAGUCGAUCAAGGCUGCUUUCGAGUCAUCUCCGCUU